AUGUACGGUGUAGCAUCCCAUCUUAUCGAGACCGUAACGAACCAGUCUUUGGGGUCAUUUUUGCAAGAUAACAUCUGGUUGCCACUGGGCAUGACUGAGACUUAUAUUUCCCUCGAGGAGGCUGAAAGCGCACAACAGGAUGUUUCACAAGGCUUCUAUAUGACCGAGGAUGGCAAUAUUACCUCCACUGAUCGAGUCUUCAUAGAAACUCUUCGUGGGGCAGACUACGUGAAGUGGGUCUCUACUUUAUUGAAUCGUGGGCCACCCUUCUCGCAAUCAGCUUAUGCGACAUUACUCGGCAGCCAUUCUAUUGUUUCACGCAACCCUGUCGAGCCGUUCCAAACUCCAACGCUUUAUGGGCUGGGAUGGAUGUUACAAGCAUAUCAUGGCGAGGUGAUAUUGUCUCAUGAAGGAUCUCAAUUUGGGUAUGGAGCGAGUGUUGUUCUUUUACCACAGCGGAAAUUCGGGCUUGUGCUAUUGGGGAACAAUAUGAAUGGUGUCAAUGCCGCGGCGAAUGUGCUCGCUUAUCAUCUGAUCGAUGAGGAGUUGGAUAUUCCCCCGGAACGACGGUUCGACUGGGUUAAAAGGUACGCGAAAUAA